GUCAUUCAUUUUCGCCAUGUUGUGAGGUGUGCAGUCACACGUGCUUAGCUGCAAUAGAUCACCGUCUUGAUAUCUGUGUGGGAAAAUCACCUGGCGUUUUAGAACUGUCUGUUGAUUUUGCUUGAACUAUGUCAAUCUAUCACGACGAAGUUGAGAUCGAAGACUUCGAAUAUGACGAGGAAACAGACACCUAUUCCUACCCCUGCCCCUGUGGCGAUCGCUUCGAAAUAACCAAGGAAGAUCUGAUGAACGGUGAAGACGUUGCAACAUGUCCCAGCUGCUCCUUGCUCGUUAAAGUCAUUUAUAAUCCCGAGGACUUUCGACGCGAAGAGCAACCGCCGAAGGCCAAAACUUCACAGUUGGAGAUGGCUACAUAGCAGCAGGCUUGCUGCGCGAUAUAUUUAUUAUGACUAUGUUGUUAUAUUUUAUGUUGUUGGAGGAAAAGUAAAUGUCACGUAUUCCCCCCUCA